AUGUCUGCCAACGAGAAUUCACCGCCGGUGGAGGCCGCCGCGGCCGCCUCCACGCCACGGUCGCGGCUGCCGCGGUGGACGCGGCACGAGACGCUGGUCCUGAUCCAGGCGAGGCGCGCCAUGGAGCGGCGCGGCGUGCAGCUGCCGGCGGUGCGGCCGCGGCCCAAGUGGGCGGCGGUGUCGGCCUACUGCCGGCGCCACGGAGUGGAGCGCGGGCCCAUGCAGUGCCGGAAGCGGUGGGGCAACCUGUCGUGGGACCUGAAGAAGAUCGUCGCGUGGGAGGGGAAGGCCAUCGCCGGCGCCGGCGCCGGCGCCGCGCAGCACGAGUCGUUCUGGGACAUGCGCGGCGACCAGCGGCGCGCCAGGCAGCUGCCGUCGUCCUUCGACCGCGAGGUGUACGACGCGCUCGUCUGCGGCGCGUCCGCCGGCGAGGACGCCGCCGCCGCGGCCGUGCUGCCGCCGGACUUCGGCGACGGGGAGCCGGAAGGGGUGUACCGGCAGCCGCCCAUCAUGGUCAUGCCUAUAUCAGUGAGGAAGUACGAGCCCCCUCCUGCCACUUCUGAACACGAAUGCUCUGGUCCAGUGACAGAGAGUGAUCAGAAGAAGGCGGGCGCGGCGGCGUCGGACAAGAACUCGACGUCGUCGCAACACGACGGCGGCUUCAAGGACAGCGACGCGACGUUCGUGGCGGAUCAGGCGGAGGGCACGGCCACGGCCAGCAUCGGGAAGCAGGUGGUCGAGGCCCUGGAGAGGGGCAACCGGGCGCUGGCGCAGCAGCUGGAGGCGCACAGGAGCUGGUGGGACGCCGACAGGGAGCAGCGGGCGGCGCUCCUCCGCGCCAUGGACAGGGUCGCCGACGCCGUGUGCAGGAUCGCCGAUAAGCUCUGA